AUGUCUGUCGUUGGCUCGCUCAUAUUUUGCUCGGAUUGCGGUAACUUACUGGAUAACCCCUCUGCAGUUUCAGGCGCCCAAAUUGACUGCUCUCAAUGUGGUGCGUCAUAUCCUAAAUCGAAAUUUUCAGAUUUGCGGGUUGUAACUCGUACUGCAGACGACGCCUUCCCGUCAGUAUUAAAGUCCAAGAGAUCUGUCGUCAAAACCUCGCUCAAAAAGGACGAACUGGAAGAAGGAGCCACGAUCCGCGAGAAAUGUCCCAAAUGUGGUAACGACGAAAUGCAUUAUCAUACACUACAACUGCGGUCUGCGGAUGAAGGUGCCACCGUUUUCUACACCUGUACCGCGUGUGGGUACCGCUUCAGAACCAACAAUUGA